GCAGAAAUUGAAAAGGAGAGACAACUGAGAGAAAAACAACUACAAAAAAUGAAGGAAAACAUCAAAAAGGAACGUGAGGACAGACAGAAAGAACAAGAAAUCAGACAAGACGAAGACAGGAAGAAAAAACUUGAGGAAGAAAUUCAGCGACAGGAUUGGGAGCAAAAAAUUCAAGCUUUGGAGCAAAAAAUAAAGUUAGAGUCCGAAUCAAAGGAAAGAAAGCUGGAGGAGAGCAGAGAAGAGAUGAGAAAAGAACGAGAGAACUGGGAGAGAAAACAACGAGAAUGGUGGGACAGAAGAUAUCAAGAAGAUGAACAAAGACGACAAGAGGAACAAACAAGACUUAGAAAACUUCAAGCAGAGUACGAACAGGAGAGAGAGAGAGAGACAAAAAAGAGAAACGAAGAGGACCGAAUCAGAAGAGAACAAGAGGAAAAAGAGAGAAAAGAUUUGGAGGAGAAACAGAGAGCAGAAAUUGAAAUCGAAAGAAAACUAAGUGAUAAACUUUUUAAGGAAAAGGAGGAGAAUAUUAAAAAGGAACGUGAGGAGAGACAGAAAGAACACGAAAAGAGAGAAGAAGAAGAAAUCAGGAAGAGAAAGGAAAACGACAGAUUGGAACAACAGGAGCGGGAACAAAAGUUGUUUGAAUUUAAAAGUUUCACACCCAUCCCGUUGAUUAUAGAAGAGAUGAGAAAAGAACAAGAGAACUGGGAGAAAAAACAACAAGAAUGGUGGGACAGAAGACAUCAAGAAUAUGAACAAAGACGACAAGAGGAACAAACAAGACUUAGAAAACUUCAAGAAGAGUACGAACAAAGGGACAAAUAUGAAAAGAACAUUUGGGAGGAGGACCGAAUCAGAAGGGGAAAACAGAGAAAAGACAGAGAGGAAAACCAGAAAGCAGAAAUUGAGAAGGAGAGAAAACUGAGGGAAAAACAACUUGAAGAAAUGGAGGAAAACUUAAACAAGGAACGUGAGGAGAGACAGAAAGAACAGAAAAUCAGAAAAGAAGAAGACAGAAAGAAAAAACUGGAGGAAGAAAUUCAGCGACAGGAGUGGGAACACAAAGUUUCAGCUUUGGAGCAAAAAAUAAAGUUCGAGUCCGAAUCAAAGGAAAGAAAGCUGGAGGAGAGCAGAGAAGAGAUGAGAAAAGAACGAGAGAACUGGGAGAGAAAACAACAAGAAUGGUGGGAGAAAAGAUAUCAAGAAGAUGAACAAAGACGACAAGAGGAACAAACAAGACUUAGAAAACUCCAAGAAGAGUACGAACAAGAAAGAAAGAGAGAUAAAAAUAAGAGAAUCAAAGAGGACCGAAUCAGAAGAGAACAAGAGGAAAAAGAGAGAAAAGA